AUGAGCAAUAAUUACGACAUUACUACUCCAGAAGUCGCCAAUAGCGGAGGUAUCAAUUCCUCUGUGGUCAUUUUGAACGAGUUUAGAGAGAGAAGCAAAGACGGAGGAGAUGUGGCCAAUAUCUCGACAACAGCAGCGACUAAUGGAGCCGCGCAGAGAAGAAAGAUUUGUCUAAUUGCAAAGUUGCAGUGCCUGUUUUUUACCAUGAAAAUUUUCGGAUUGCUGUACGAAGAAUAUAACACUCAUCACCCAAGCAACAUUGUACGUGGUCGAUGGAUUUGUACCCUCAUGAAACGUGUGUAUCAGUUUUUUGUGUUGUUGGUUCUCUGGUUUAACGUAGGGAGGGUGUUCGCUUCAUUUUGGCUUGAUGAGAAACUGCUCAGUACCGACUACAGUCAGGCAGCCGCUGUCUUGCUUUGGUCCCUGCAAACCGCCUUACAAGCUUCUAUCUGCGUCUACACUAUGCAAAUCACAUCCAAAAAGUCCCCUUUGAAAAGCUUGUUGUUAUAUUGGAAUUCGCAGCCCAACUUUGACGAGUUAGUGGUAGAGCCCUUAAUGGUACAAUGCGUCACGCGAACUCUGAUUAUAACAUAUCUCUUUAUGGCGAUAAACGCUGUGUUUUAUGGCCUUGUUUUGUUUUAUCCUUCGGAAUCGAUGCUAUAUCUUGCUCGUGCAUUCCUGUCCCCAUUCCCGCUCGACAACAUGACUUUAAAGAUCCUCUUCUUUGUGAUAUCAGCUUAUUGCACGGCUGUUUGGGUGUUACCGUUUGCUAUCUUCACAGCCGUUUGCCUGACUUUAAUCCAUCAAUGCAGAAGUCUUAGAAAGACACUGCGCUUGACUGCUUCGGCUAGUGAAGUGAGAAGAGUCAAGACUUUAAGACAACAACAUUCGUCAUUAUGCGGCUCUGUGAGAAAAGUGGACGACUUAUUCAAAUUUGUAACUCUCGUGGUUUAUGUCACCAACAUACCACUAGUUUGUUUUCUUUUCUACCGUUUGAUUUUCGUCAAGAAUAACGAUGCGACGACUUAUGUGAUCAUGAGUUUUUGGUCCCUUGUUGUGCUCUUUGCAAUGGUGAGUGUAUCGUUCCUUGGGGCCCAUUUGAACAGCAAGGUAAGCUAUCAAAGCUAAACUGCCCCCCCCCCUCCUCAUUAGUAAAGAAAGGGGUAUGAUCCAAAAAGGGAGAUAAUAAUUUACCAACGUGCAUUUGAAUUAUGGUUGAUAAGAGUAAAUAAGUCAAGAAACAAAACAUGAAGAUACUUUCUCUGUGCACUGUGUUCGAGUCGAUGGGCGAAGGCCACCAUAAAUGGGAGUCAAGGAAUGUUAAAUAUUGUCGGAACCUUUAAGCGUUGUAUGAAUUUUUCUGACGCCCAUUAGUUUUUCGAAUACCAGAUGGAAAAACAAUAGGACGCGUAAGAAAGAGACUAACUUUCAACCUUUGUACCUAAUAACGUAAUCGAGCUGAUUGACUAAAAUUUGCGACUGCGCGAUCUUGUGCUGUCAAAGCGGCACUACUCAUAAAAACUUUGAAAUUGUAACUAAAGCAACAAGGAAGUUGAAAUGUGUUAAAAAAAAAAAUUUUGGACAAAUACAUCUCAGUCACAUGUACAGGAUUCAGGUGACCCAAUUAACGUAAGUCAUUAAAUGAAAGAGAUGUUUGUUAACGCUCCCUUCUAGCUUUUAUACAUUUCCUUGUUAAUUAGUUACGAGAGUUUGGUGUUAGAUCAAGAUAACAACCUUCUACUUGACAAGUUUGAGAAUUUUCAUUACCUUUUCAUUAACUUUUUGAUUUUUCCCUUGGACUGAACUUUGUGACUUGUGCCCAGGCUGUUUGUUAACUGUAAAAAUAUAUGCUGUUGAUAUGGAGUUUUUUCGACCAGUCUUUCACAAAUAAACCGAUGAGUCAUUUGAUCGUUAUCUGUGAAAUAAACUAUUGAAUAUGUAAUGUGACUAAAAAAAGGUCUUUAUAAUUUCCAAAUCUUAUUUAAUGUUCAGAUUCAUUCCUUCACGGAAGUUGUGCAGAAAGUUCAAAUAGCUAACGUGGACUUGGACACUCAUACAGAGGUUUGCCUUCACAUUAUUUUUUCCAGAUUACUGCGUUGUUAAGCCACGUUUAAUAAUUAUCAUUUGUUCCGUUUUAGUUGAUGCUAUUCGUGGCGAAGUUAAACGGGGACCCUGUGGCAAUUACUGCAGGAGGACUAGUACCCAUUACAAAACCGCUGAUUGUAACGGUAAUGUAUCACAUUUGAACAGAGCUGUAAAACGUCUGCGCAUGUCAUGUAACUGCUCGGAGAAACUUGGGAUGAGUUUUUUCUUGCACCAUCGUAUCUGAAUCGCUGCCUCGCGGCUACUUUCACAAUGGUGUUCAGGAAUAAAACUGUAGUGUUUAAAAUUUAAAUUUUACAUUUCUGUUCCAGGUCGGCGUGUUGAUAUUGUGUUUAAGAUCAAUGCUUAACCGUACGAUCUAUGUCUUAAUGGGGUGGAAAAUCAACCGCACUGUUUUCUCUGUUUUUUCAAAAGUUCCACUAAUUCACUAUUCCCUUACCAUGUUUUCCCUCCUCAAUCAAGCGUUAGGUGAGCUAGUUUUCAACAAACGCAGAAAAGAUUAUUCUCUUUAAAUUUCGCUGAAGUUUUUAUUUUUCUCUUUCAGGUAACUGGUGUGGUCAUUACUUAUUUUACUCUUUUAUAUCAAUUGGAGUGA